AUGGCGGCGGGCGGCGGCGGCGGCGGGAGCCGGGCCGCGUCGUCCUCGGCCUCGGCCUCGGGGGCGUCGUCGUCGGCGGGCGCGCUGGAGGCGUCGCUCGACCGGCGGCUGCAGGCCGUGACCAACACCAUGGAGUCCAUCCAGGGGCUGUCGUCCUGGUGCAUCGAGAACAAGCGCCACCACGGCACCAUCGUGGGCCACUGGAUGAAGUGGCUGCGCCGCUCUGCCUAUCCUCAUCGUUUGAAUCUCUUUUACCUUGCCAAUGAUGUCAUACAGAACUGUAAAAGGAAAAAUGCAAUCAUAUUUCGUGAGUCAUUUGCUGAUGUACUUCCUGAAGCAGCUGCUCUGGUGAAGGAUCCAUCUGUUUCUAAGUCUGUGGAGCGAAUCUUUAAAAUCUGGGAAGAUAGAAAUGUGUACCCAGAAGAAAUGAUUAUGGCACUAAGAGAAGCUUUGAGUACCACUUUCAAAUCUCAGAAGCAGCUGAAAGAAAAUCUGAACAAACAACCGAAUAAGCAGUGGAAGAAAUCACAAACAUCCGCAAAUCCAAAAGCUGCUCUCAAGUCCAAGAUAGUUGCUGAAUUUCGAUCUCAGGCCCUCAUUGAGGAGUUGUUGCUGUACAAGCGCUCUGAAGAGCAGAUCGAGUUGAAGGAAAAGCAGCUCUCGACUAUGCGGGUGGAUGUGUGCAGCACUGAGACUCUCAAAUGCUUGAAAGAUAAGACAGGUGGGAAGAAAUUCUCCAAAGAAUUUGAAGAGGCGAGCUCCAAGCUGGAGGAAUUUGUGAAUGGACUAGAUAAGCAAGUGAAAAAUGGGCCCUCCCUCACAGAAGCACUGGAAAAUGCUGGGAUUUUCUAUGAAGCACAGUACAAAGAAGUGAAAGUGGUAGCGAAUGCAUACAAAACCUUUGCUAACAGAGUGAACAACUUAAAGAAAAAGCUAGAUCAGUUGAAGGCAACCCUUCCUGAUCCUGAGGAAUCCCCAGUUCCUUCACCCAGCAUGGACGCCCCCUCCCCAACUGGCUCCGAGUCUCCUUUCCAGGGGAUGGGGGGUGAGGAGUCUCGGUCCCCCACCAUGGAGAGUGAAAAGUCAGCCACCCCUGAGCCUGCGACAGAUAAUCGUGACGUGGAAGACAUGGAGCUCUCAGAUGUAGAAGACGACGGGUCCAAAAUCAUUGUUGAGGACAGAAAGGAGAAGUCAGUGGAGAAGACAGCUCCAUCGACGUCCAUGCCUGCAAAGCCAGCCGGAAGUAUCCCAAAGCCCCUUUCCUGUGCCCCUGUGACUGUGAGCAUGGCCACAGUAGCACCACCCCCAAAGCCUGUGAACGCAACUUCUCUUCUCUCACCUUCUCCGGCACUGGCUCUGCCAAACCUGGCUAACGUAGAUCUGGCCAAGAUCAGCUCCAUCCUGAGCAGCCUCACAUCAGUAAUGAAGAGCACUGGGGUCAGUCCUGCGCCAAGACCAUCUCCAGGAACUCCGACAAGCCCCAACAACCUCAGCGCAGGCCUGAAACCUCCUGCCCCAGCCGCACCCGCUGCUGCAGCCACGACCACCAGCACCGUCACCAGCAGCGCAUCUCACCACCCUCUGGCAAAUAUCCUCUCCAAAGUGGACGUCAGCCCUGAAAGCAUUCUGUCUGCUCUGUCCAAGACCCAGAGCCCGUCAGCCCCUGCGCUGCAAGGCCUGUCAUCUUUACUGCAGAGUGUGACUGGGAACCCCGUUCCAGCCAGUGAAGCCGCAUCCCAGAGCACUUUAGCCUCCCCUGCCAGCACCCCUGUCUCUAGCAUCAAAAGCAGAAAUCUGCCCUCCAACACCCAAACCUUUAUGCCCAAAAGUUUCAACUAUUCUCCUAAUUCAUCCACUUCUGAAGUCUCUUCAACUUCAGCCAGCAAGGCCUCUGCCGGGCCAAGCCCCGGAGCUUUGGUCACUCCUUUCAAGCUCCCGUCCAACUCCCUGGGCUUCUCCAGCCCCCAUUCUGCUCCCAGCUCAGCUGCGCCCUCCGUUGCCAGCAGCGCCGUGUGCCAAUCCUCAGAUAUUCCCAAGCCAAAGCCGGAGACGGAGUCCACCUCCCCAAGCCUGGAAAUGAAGAUCCACAACUUCCUCAAAGGUAAUCCCGGAUUCAGUGGCUUAAACUUGAAUAUCCCCAUCUUGAGCAGUUUGGGGUCCAAUGCCCCUGUGGAGAGUCAGCCCACAGAAUUUCCUCGAGGCCCAACGAGCACAUCGGUUGACAUCGACGGGACCCCCGUGCGGGAUGAGAGGAGCGGGACCCCCACGCAGGACGAAAUGAUGGACAAGCCCACAUCCAGCAGUGUGGACACCAUGUCCCUGCUGUCCAGGCUCAUUAGCCCUGGCUCCUCUACGCCCAGCAGCACGCGCUCGCCUCCCGGCAGAGACGAGAGCUUCCCCCGGGAGCGCCCCAACUCUGCUGCCACCUUCCGUGCCUUUGGCCUGGGCAGGGAGUCACCCUACAAGCAGCCCUCGGACGGACUAGAGAGACCCUCUCCCCUGACGGAUGCCGCGCAGGAAAAGUUCUUUCCAGACACAUCUUUCCAGGAAGAUGAGGAUUAUCGAGAUUUUGAGUACUCUGGGCCUCCGCCCUCCGCCAUGAUGAACUUGGAGAAAAAGCCGGCCAAGUCCAUCCUCAAAUCCAGCAAGCUUCCGGAUAGUGCCGAUUACCAGCCCAUCCUGUCCAGUUAUAGCCACAGGACCCAGGAAUUUGGGGUGAAGUCUGCUUUGCCCCCUGCUGUGCGGGCCCUCCUCGAGUCUGGUGACAGCUGCGAGCGCCUGGCAUCUCCUCCUGGGCUCUUUGGGGCCUUUGGCCUGCGGGGUACUGAAGCAGGACCGGAUAGGUCACCGUCCCCAAGUAAGAAUGAUUCGUUUUUCACCCCUGAUUCCAACCACAGUAGCUUGACUCAGCCCCCAGCCGGCCACCUGGGCCUACCCCAGAAGCAGUAUCCAGAUUCUCCGCAUCCCAUCCCGCAUCGGUCCCUUUUCUCUCCUCAGACUGCCCUGGCCUCCCCUGCUGCAGGCGUGGACAAAAGCCUGGCGGCGGCCAUUUCCAGCACCUCCACCAUUGAGUUUAAGAACAUGCUCAAAAAUGCCUCGCGAAAGCCCUCCGAGGAGAAGCUUUUCAGCCAGACCCCAGGCAAGGGCAACUCGGAGGGCAGCGUGGGCCUCCCCGGCCUCGCUGGCCCAGAGCAGCCGCUCCCCGAGGAACACUACCGCAUCGAGACCCGGGUCUCCUCCUCCUGCCUUGACCUGCCCGAUAGCACAGAAGAGAAGGGGGCACCCAUCGAAACCUUGGGCUACCAUAAUGCGGCCAACCGGAGGAUGUCGGGGGAGCCCAUCCAGACCGUGGAGUCCAUCCGCGUGCCUGGCAAGGGAAAUCGAGGACAUGGGCGAGAGGCUGCCAGGGUGGGCUGGUUUGAUCUCAGCGCCUCUGGAAGCACCUUUGACAAUGGCCCCUCGGGUGCCUCCGAGCUGGCACCCCUCGGGGGUGGGGGCGGUGCUGGAGGCCUUGCAAGCUUCAAAACCACCCCCUACAAGGAGCGGGCACCCCCUUUUCAGGAGAGUGUAAGCAGCUUCCGCCCCAAUAGCUUCAGCUCCACCUUCGAGCACGGGACGCCCUUCCAGAGAGAUCCGGUGGGGCCAGCUCCCCCCACAGCCGCUCCACCCAAAGACCAUGGUGGUAUCUUCUCCCGGGAGGCAUCUGCUCACCUGCCCUCUGUGGAUCUUGUGAGCCCCUUCACGAAGGAGGCAGCCCUGGCCCACGUCGCCGCUCCCCCUUCCGGAGAGCACAGUGGGGUCCCCUUCCCCACCCCACCCCCGCCUCCCCCGCCCGGAGACCACGGUGCAGCAGGCGGCAGCGGGGUCCCCUUUACAGCGCCACCUCCCCCUCCACCCCCUGUUGACCACUCUGGGGUCGUGCCCUUCCCAGCCCCAGCACUGGCAGAGCAUGGAGUCGGGGGGACCGUGGCGCUCUUCCCCAAGGACCAUAGUUCCCUCCUACAGGGGGCCCUGGCAGAGCAUUUUGGGGUGCUCUCAGGCCCCAGGGACCAUGUGGCCCCCACCCAGCGGGACCUCAACGGCCCUGGUCUCGGCCGUGUGCGUGAGGCCCUGAGCCUGCCCUCUCACACCCUGGAGCAUCUGGGUCCAUCCCACGGUGGGGGUGCCGGGGGCGCGGGCACCCCCGGCAGUGGCCCCGCGCACAGAGACGCCAUCAGCCGGGGUGGGAUGAUUCUACGGAAUCCACGGCCCGACUUCAGGCCUAGGGAGCCUUUCGUCAGCAGAGACCCGUUCCACAGUCUAAAGAGGCCCCGGCCCCCUUUUGCCAGAGGGCCUCCCUUCUUUGCACCAAAACGCCCAUUCUUCCCACCCAGGUACUGAGAUGGAAGCCCAGGGAAAGGCAUUUGGAACAGUGGAGAGUGCAUUGCAAAUAGGAGUUUGUGGUUUCUUGUUGCUUUUGUUUUCCCGCUUUUGAUUUUUUAUAUGACAUAAAGGUUUCCCUUCUGACUUAAAAGUCAUAGAUGCUUACGGUCUUCCCUCUCCUCCUGCACUUACCUACCCUACUAAAAUGAUUUGUUUUUAAAGUGGGGGUGUUGGGGAACCAGCAGAGAAACACAACCAAAGCCUCUUCACUGUGUUGGGGCCUGGAGGCAUGAGGAGAACGACCUUUUAUUGUCUGUGGAAGAGUCUCGCAUUUGAAAUAAAACAUCUCUCAGAGCAGAGAAGAACUGUG